AUGAUUGAUACGUUGGAGCAGACCAACCGUGAGGAGAUGGGCAAGAAGGCUGGGGAGCUGGGCGAAUGGGGAACUCUGAUCCUGUUUUGUUUGCGAGCUCAUUUUUCAGACGAGGGACAUGGCAAGAUCGUGAAGCAUGGCGCCUAUUCAGCGCGAACCCAAACCUGGGAGCAGCCCGAGGAACUGAAGCAUACCGAAGCGACCCUGAGCGACCGGCAGGAUGAGGCGAAGAGCAAGAAGGCUGCUCUGGACCUCACUGCCUCGCAGGUGGCCCAGCUGCGGCAAGAGCUGGCGGAGCUGGCGCAGCAGCUUGCGGAGAUCGCGGCCAAUGACCAGGAACUCACCACGCUGCGUGAGGAGGAGCACCAGCAGCACUUGAAGGCUUACACCGACUUGGAAGCCGGCAUUGCGGGCGUGCAGGCAGCCAUCAAGGCCCUGAGGGACUACUACUCGCAGGACCGCCAGCCCGUCCAGGUGGACAUGGCCGCCUCCAUGGCCAUGGCGGCGGACGGCCGUGCGCCCCGCUUCGAGGCGCCGGAGGUGUCCAAUGCCGGGGCCGGCAUCAUCAGCCUGCUAGAGGUUGUGGAGUCCAACUUUGCCCGCAACAUGGCGGAGCUGCAGUCGCAGGACAGGAAUGCCAAAGAGAACUACCAGAGGCUCAUGCAGGAGAGCAAGGUGCUGAAAGCUCAAAAAGACGCGGACGUGAAGCACAAGACCACCGAGGCCACGAACCUGGAGCGUAGCGCCAGCGAGCUGAAGUCGGACACUCUCUCUGCCAAGCAGCAGCUCGAGGCAGUCACAGAGUACCUGGCCAAGCUCAAGGAUGAAUGCUCGGCAAAGGUGGAGACCAGGGAGGAGCGCAUUGCACGCCGCAAGAAAGAGAUGGAAGGCUUGCAAGAGGCGCUGUCCAUCCUGGAGUCUAGCGUGAGCGUGUGA